UUCAUUGGUUCAGAUUCAUGUUGACGCCCCUUUUAGAUCCUAGAUGCAUUUACGGAAGUUCAGUCUGUAAAUGUGAACAGAGGAGCUGGACCGCAGUGCGAUGGACAAAAUGCUCGGUUUUGUGUUUUUGCUUCUCCUGGGAAUCUACAGCACUGAAGCUGUGACCCACUCUAUGAAGUAUUUCUACACUGGAUCCUCUCAAGUCCCAAACUUCCCAGAGUUUGUGGUUGUUGGGUUGGUUGAUGAUGUUCAGAUAGAUUACUAUGACAGCAACACACAGAAAAUGGUACCAAAACAGGACUGGGUGAAUGAUGCAGCAGAUCCACAGUACUGGGAGAGGAACACUCAAAAUGCUGUGGUUUCCCAGGAGAGCUUCAAAGCCAACAUUGAAACUGUAAAGAAGCGCUUCAACCAAACUGGAGGUGUUCACAUUUUCCAGUACAUGUACGGCUGUGACUGGGAUGAUGAGACUCAACAGGUUACUGGCUAUCGACAGUAUGGCUACGAUGGGGAAGAUUUUGUAUCAUGGGACACAAAGACAAACACAUGGAUUGCUGCAAAACAACAGGCUGAGUUCUCUAAAAACAAAUGGAACAAUAACAAAGCUGAACUGGAGAUCAGAAAGAACUACCUCAACCAGAUUUGUCCUGAGUGGUUGAAGAAAUAUGUCAACUAUGGGAGAAGCUCUCUGAUGAGAACAGAUCGUCCGUCAGUUAACUUUCUCCAGAAGGCGUCAUCCUCUCCAGUCAGUUGCCACGCUACAGGUUUCUACCCCAACAGAGCUGAAAUGUUCUGGAGGAAAGAUGGAGAGGAGAUUCAUGAUGGUGUGGAAAAAGGAGAGAUCAAGCCCAACAAUGAUGGGACCUUCCAGAUGAGCGUUAACAUCGAUCUGUCAUCUGUCCCGACUGAAGACCGGACCAAGUAUGAAUGUGUGUUUCAGCUCUCUGGGGUCAAUGAAGACAUGACCAUUAGACUGGAGAAAACAAGAAUCUUGACCAAUGAAUCACCAAGUAACACCAUUUUGAUCAUCCCUGUUGUUGCUGCUGUGGCUGUUCUUGGUCUCAUUGCUGUGAUUGGAUUCAUUAUUUACAAGAAGAGGAACGCCAAGCGUCCACCAUCUCCUGUGGUACAAGCUCUAAUUCCAGAGGAAACCCAGUUUCUUCCACAAGCAUGAAAAUGCAGAAACAGACCAACACAAGCUAGUUCAUCAAUGAAAUUUGCACUGACCAGGAUAUGGCACCACUUUCUCUAUUAUUGUUAAAUUGUAUUUCUUGUCAUGUUGGACAGCCGUACAUUAACUGGUUCAAAUGCUGUUAAAUCAAAUGGGAUUAUCAUAUUAUUUUUAUGGUCUGGAAAAAUGUUGAUAUUGUUUUUUUAGGAAUAAAGCUGAGCUUUUCAUCCAAACACAGUAACUGAUAACUAAAGCUUUUAUCUGCAAAAAUCAAACAUUUUAUCUCUGGAGAUUUGGGUUCUGUGCCAGAUAAUUUAAUAUAGUAUAUUUUGUUUAUGUGUGUUAAAACCUUUCUGUACCAGUACAUUAAGACUUCUAGCUGUAAUAUAGUAACAAGGUUAAGUUUUGCAUCACAGUGAUGAUUAUACAUAUAGAUUUGAUUUCUAGAUGUGGCAAUAUUCACCUGAUGCUCAUAAAUAUUUUGGGUAAAUUUUAUUUUUUUACUUUCACCACUUUUAGCUAAGUUUCUAUUGUUUAUUUUGACUGUUUUUGUUUUUCUUUUAAUUAAAGUAACUUUAAAAACC